CUCGAAGAGGCCUGCGAUUGGCCUAUCGUUAAACCUGGACAGAAUCGUCGUUUUGAGCACAAAAGUUUCAUAAGAUGUGCCUCAAGGCGGCAAGAGCCUGUCAAGACGGCCUCUGAUGAUGUAAAUGCGACUUCAUUAGAAAGCUUGGGAGUGGAGGACUCCCUUGCACGGUUGCCUCAUUUACCUGGCGGUGCAACGUGGCGGCAGCGCAGGAAGGCGAUUGUUUCUUCAGGGGGACCAGAUGAGAUACUAGUUGACGAAAUAAAUCUGGCUCUUGAGAGUGUCCGCAGGAUUGUAGAUCACAUGAAGAAAGAAGACCAAUUUGAAUCGGUGAGCCAGCGAAACUGA